AUGGCGACUUCAAACAAACACGUUGUCUUUGACAUCGUAGGAACAUGUGUUUCCUACGACGCAUUCUAUGAUGCAAUCGAAGCUCGCAUUGGCGAGAACCUUCGGGCUAAUAACAUUGGAUCUCGUCUAUUCGGAUAUGCGUGGAUGGAAGCCGGCGAGCGAGAAUACACCUAUCUCAGCAUGUCCGGUCACUAUUUCAAGUUCUUUGAUGUUUUCCGAUCCAUUUUCUAUCGUACACUCUGGCAAGCCGGUAUUGCAGAACCCCGCAAAUUCGCGACUGACAAGGAUCGCGAAUUCCUUUUGAACUCGUAUCGUGAGCUCAAACCACGCCCGGGCAUUCACGAGUGUUUCUCCCGUCUUCGUGCCGCCGGAUUUACUGUCUGGGCCUUGACGGCCGGUGAUACCGCCCGUGUUGCCGGAUAUCUAGCACGAGGUGGUGUUGAGAUGCCCGAAAAUAAUUUUGUCUCUUGCGAUACUAUCAAGAUUGGAAAGCCGGCUCCGGAAUCAUAUCAAUACAUUCUCGAUAAGUUCGAAAAGGAAGGCCGAGCGGCUUGGUUUGCUGCCGCGCAUAUGUGGGAUGCAGCCGUUGCAAAGCGCACUGGGUUCAAGGGACCUUGGGUUUCGCUUUGGGAGAAGGGAGACAUGUUCUGA